GUUAGCGUGAAGGGCGACAGACCAACCUCAGCACUUUCGCCUCCGACUCGCUCACAUGGUUCGCCUUUUCCUCGGAGCUCUUCUUGGAGGGAUAUCAGUGCUCUCUAGCAGCGCCACCGCCACAGGUGUUUGUUCAGGCAAUCAGUUUGAAGUGUCGCUGCUUGGUAGUGCUAGCAUCUACUGCGUCGACGAAGUUCCAUGCUCUGGCAACUACGUCGACGGCCAAGACAUUCCUAAUCAUGCCUGUCCUGGUGUGGGUCAACUUUCCGUGUAUGGAAGGCAUCAGGUGGCGGCUCCAACAUGCUGUGGCAUCAUCAACUCGACGUCAAACGUCAUUGGAUGUGUGUUCCAGUCGGCAAAGUUUCAGUGUGUGGGGCCACUCCCACCGGCCGUCCCGACUUCGUCGCCGCUUCCACCGCUUGCUCCAGGGGCCAAAGAACUCAACUUUCAACCCACAGUGUUGCCAAGUACGCAAAAGUCCAUUGCCACCUUGGCGCCCACCACCACACUUGCCACCACGGACGCGCCUCCGAUGACGGCAACGCCCACGACUACAGUCACCGCUGAGCCAACCACAGUCGCUGCCACGACAACCAUCCAACCAAUCACCACUCCAGUUGCUGCCGCCAUCGUCGCCAGCUCGGCUCCCGUAGCGAUUCGUGGCGGCGGAGCCAACCCCGACAAACAACAAAUCGGCGCCGUCGUCAUCGUCCCUUCCAACUCCACCGCCCCCUCCUCCACAACUACAUCCAUCCCUCGCGACAGCAUUGUCCCCGUGACGUCGACGCCGUACCCGGCUUCGAUUCCGGCCAUUCUCGAAGACAACAUCACAUCGAUCGUGAUCAACGGUCCAGGCCGCGUGUUUGUCAGCAACUGGACGCAGUUCCUCCAAGCGUCGUCGUUGUCCUCUGACGAAGGCCCGUCCGAGUACCAAGUCGGAUCGGUGGCCAUCUCCGGCACCGCGCUCAACGAAUUCCUCGUCCUGAACUCGACCGUCGAAGCCGCGUCCUUGGCGCUGCUCCAGAUGUACAACACCACAGCGAUCGAUGGCGUGCUCACCAUCAAUUUUGAGCGGCACAACGCAGCAGACGUAAUCGACGGCCAAGUGCUCAUCGAGAUCUUCGUCAAGUUCCCCGUCGUCACGUCCGUGGUCGUGUCUGGCCUCGCGGAAACGUUCGUGGACCGCGGCGUGCUGGGCGGCGCCGACCUCGUACUCUCCACGGGCGACGGCAACAUGGUGGCAUUUGUCAACCAGUCGGCUGCAUCUUCGAUCGACUUGCGCUCCACCGGCGACGGAACCCUUCAGGUGCGCGCGGCGUCGGCGCUCAAGACAGUGGACUCCCUCGUAAGCCGCACCAACGGAUCGGGGGACGUCGUGUACUUUGUGUCGACUCUUGCGGUGCGCAACCUCACGAGCAUCUCGUCUGGCCCGGGGGCUAUUCACAUUUACGCGUCGAAGCUGGACCUGAAGAACGUCACGAGUCGCGUGUCCAAGAGCGGGGAUGUCGUGUUUGCCAGCGGCUCGGCCAUGUGCAAAUAUCACGCGGUGGACAUCUCGGGCAGCGGGUCCGUCGAAGCUGGCCGGGUGCUUUGUGUGGAGGCAAUGGUUAAGGUCGCGUACACUGGGAGGGGGGAUGCCGUCGUCCAGGCCAGCUACAUGAUCUCGACUGACGUCCGCGGCCCCGGCAACGUCUUGUACUACAACACAACGCCCAAGGUGUACCCGACGUACAAGAAGCACUUCUUCCUUACCCAGACACUCAAAGCCAACGUGAGCGACGCCAAGGUGGGCGUGCCGAGCCCCCGAGAAGCGCUCGAGUUUCACCUCGGCCAGCCCGUGGGCAACUCGUGGCUCGGCAUGCUCUCGGCCCUCAACCUUGACCGCAUCAUCUUGUACGGGUGCAUUGUGUUUGUCGUGAUCGCCGGCGUGGUUGCCGGAUCCAAGUGGUACAACAUCUACAAGGCUCAAAAGAACGCUCGAGGCGAGUACCAGUCCCUGCAGUAGUAGGCGGCACACAUGCCAUAUAUACAUACUCUUGAAGAAGACGUGCCCAAUAUGUAAUCGAUUAAAGGGGUGCAACCAUCAACCAUCAA